AUGAGGCUGGAUGACACAGCAGAAGAGGAGGAGGAGCCAGACACUCAGGUAGAUGCUUCCAGUUUACAGACGGACCAGAGGACACCACAGAAGAAGAAGAAGGAGGCAGUGAAGGAAACAAGGAGCAUCAAGACUUCCUCUCUGUUCAAACACAAUCCAGAAAUCCCAGAGAUCAUCAGACCAGUUGUCUCCCAGUUAAAGGAGAAGAUUUUCGCCAGUGACUCAUUUUCCGAUCUGGAUCUUCAUCCACACCUGGUGGCGACACUGAACAAAGUCCUGAAUGUUUCCACGGUGACCAGUGUUCAGAAACAGACUAUUCCAGUUCUUCUGGCGGGCCGAGACGCUGUGGUUCGUUCUCAGACGGGUUCAGGUAAGACCCUGUCCUACGCCAUCCCCGUGGUCCAGAGUCUGCAGGCGGUCCAGCAGAAGGUCUGCAGGUCUGAUGGUCCCCUGGCCGUCGUCAUUGUCCCCACCAGAGAGCUGGCCCAGCAGACGUUCCAGAUCUUCCAGAAGCUCCUGAAGCCGUUCACCUGGAUCGUCCCCGGAGUCCUGAUGGGAGGAGAGAAGAGGAAGUCAGAGAAGGCCAGGCUUCGUAAAGGAAUCAACAUCCUGGUUUCAACUCCUGGACGUCUGGUGGAUCACAUCAAAAACACCCUAAGCAUCGCCUUCAGUGGCGUCCGCUGGCUCAUCCUGGACGAGGCCGACCGGACGUUGGACUUGGGUUUUGAGAAGGAUCUGACCAUCAUAUUAAACAGUCUGAACUCUACGGGACCGAGCAGACAGAACGUCCUGCUGUCUGCUACGUUAACUCACGGUGUAACUCGGUUAGCAGACGUUUGUCUUAAUGACCCGGUCAACAUUCAGGUGUCUUGCCCCGCCUUCUCUGACCUCACCACCACCAGCCCCGCCUCCUCUGACCCCAGCGCAGCCGGCCAGUCGGAGAGCUUUGCUCUGCCCGAGGCUCUGAAGCAGUACGUGGUGGUGGUUCCCAGUAAGAUCAGACUGGUCUGUCUGGCUGCUUUCAUACUGGACAAAUGCAAGUUUUCCCAGAACAACAAACUCAUCGUCUUCACUUCGAGCUGCGAGGCCGUCGAGUUCCUCCACGGCCUCUUCACCUCCGUCCUCUCCGGGCCCUCUUCCAAUCAGGGGCCUCGGCUCAGCUUCCUGCGUCUCCACGGCAACAUGAAGCAAGAGGAGCGCUUGGACGUCUUCCAGCAGUUUUCAGUGUCUCAGAGUGGAGUUCUGCUGUGUACGGACAUAGCAGCCAGAGGUCUGGACCUUCAACAGGUCACCUGGAUCAUUCAGUACACUCCUCCGACGACUGCAGCAGAGUACGUUCAUCGAGUCGGUCGGACGGCUCGUAUUGGAGGAAGAGGAAGCAGCCUCCUCUUCCUCACUCCUGCUGAGACCGCUUUCGUCACUGAGCUGGCCAAUCACAACAUCAGCCUAUCGGACCUGAAGUUGCAGGACAUCCUGUCCAGUCUGAUGAUAGAUGACACCUACAAGGGGCGGGGCAAAUACCACAGCAAGGCUUCAUCUAAAGCUCUGGAGCAGGAGACCAGAGAGAGGGCGACUGUUCUCCAGACGGAGUUUGAGAACUUUGUUCACUCAGACGUUCAGUCGGUGCAGAACGCCAAGAGAGCGCUGCAGUCCUUCCUGCGAGCAUACACCGCCUACCCCUCCCGCCUCAAACACAUCUUCCACAUCCGCUCCCUCCACCUGGGACACACGGCCAAGAGCUUCGGCCUCAGAGACGCUCCGCAGGGCCUCAGAGCAGCCUCGGGCCCUGGGGCCAGGACCCACAACAAGAACCAGAACCACAACAAGGACACCAGCAGCCAGACUGCAGCAGCAAGGAGGUUUUCCGCCCGUCAGCUGCUGCACUCCGAGUUCUCCAGCGGGUUGGAGGGAGCAGACGGCAAGAAGAAGAAGAAGAACAAGAACAAGUUUGGUCAGUCAGGAGAGGAAGAGGAGGAGGAAGAGUAGGAGGUGAGCAGAGGAGACGAGCUGCAGACAGCCGCCUGAUCCAGCCAGUCAGAUUCCUUCUUCCCCGUCAGGUGUUCAGAAGACAUUGAUGUCGUCAGUGAAGUGUUGAGGAAACAAACAUGACGCUUUAGUUCCGUCUGAACACAUUUCAAGUUUCUGAAACUUUGUCCUUAAGGAUCCUCCGGUGCUGCUCUCUGAUUGGUCAACAGCUUCUUCACUCUUUUUAAACAGUGAAUGUGUUUUUAUUGACUUUAUUGACUUUCAGGAGAAACAUUUAGAAACAAACUGUUUUUGGACAAACUGAACUGAAGAUGAUUCAUUGUUUAGUUCUUCAGAAAUAUGUGAUGAAGAUGUUUGUCGGAUAUUUAAAUAUAAAAAACAUGUUUUUUGUACUCUGAUGAAGAUUUAUUGGAAAAUAAAAUGUUUUCUUUGCUCUCGAAGACAAAACAAUGAAGUUGUGUGAACGCAGUCUUACUUCAUACUGUAUAUUCAGUAAUACUACAGUAACUCUACAGUAAUACUACAAUAAUACUGUGGUAUUUCUACAGUAAGAACUAAAUAUUAAAAUGUUUAGAAGCUCAGUUGGUUGAAGAGUUUCUGUUAAAGAGAAAAGGUUUAUGGUCUCUUAACAUCAUUAAUAUUUCAUCAUUAAUCGAUCUGUUCAUGUGGAUCUGAUUUAAUGAACCUUCUCAUCAAAUGAUUGAUGAAACUUCAUGAUCAAUAAACUCCGAUGGUUCUGUUUAUCUUGUGGAACAAUCCGCUGAUUGAACUCUAGAUGAGUCCAAACACCCAACAGAGUCCCAGUCAGCCUCAUGAGACCAGGACUAAGACCGGGACCAGUCAGAGACCAGGCCCCUGUCACCGUGAGUCCAGACCAACCAGGACUUUACCAAACCCCAUGAAACCAGAAUAAGUACCAGAUGAGUCCAAUCUAAAACCCUUAAAGCCAAAAUACAAUCCGUAAGAAGACUCUUCAGUUCUUUCACACUUUGUUUAAUCAGAAACAUUGAAGAUACAAAACCAACCGUAACGGAGUAACAUCAACAAUGAUUUGCAUAUUUAUUGUAAAUAUAAAAAACUGAACUAGUCGUCUUCGUCUCUCAGAUUUGAACUUUGAGUCCGACAUUAAGGACAGAACCACGUUUAGUUUAUCUUCUGGUCCAGCCUCCAUCUGAACAACCUGUGGUCCUUUUUAACGUGAUGUGAUGUCACACCUGCUCAACCAAUCAUGAGCGACGUCAUUGCCUCCAGUACUUGAAAGUACCUCAACCUGGAGUUGACUCCUGACCAGGGUCCAGGUUUAGUUCCAGGAACUGGUCCCUCUAGCCAGUGUCGAGUCGUGAACCAGAGACCAGGACCAGGACCAUGUCGUCAGGAACAUCCUGCAGCUGAAGAGGAUCAAUAGAAGUCUCUUUCAUCACUUUAAUAAUCAAACGUUCUGUAGAAACCAGUGCUACCAGCGUGCCGGUGUCAGUGGGGGUGUGGUCCGCUGUGGGUUAGGACUCGAGGAAGCAGGGGCGGGACCUGGUGGUGGGAGGCAGGGCCUCGGUACAGGUAGAGGUCCGGUGUGGGCGGGGCACGAGGAUACAGGA